UAACCCUGCCUUGGAUAAAAAAAGAAGUUUGGCACUCUCUUUUUCUAUGUAUAAAGGAUAGAUAUAGAGAGAGUACAUAAAUAGAUAUAGAGUAUAACUGUGUCAUUAAAAUUUCAUGAGGGGUUCAAUUAGCAAAAAAAAUCUCAAAGGCUCAGGGGUCAGGGGAAGGGGGCAAUAAUUAAAUAAAACGGUUGAGAAGCACUGCUCUAAACCCAUUUGGAGAAUGCAAAAUGAAAAACAGAAAACAAAAGUAGGAAGUAAGAGGAGAUUCAGAAAAUGCAAACUCUUGUGUUCCCAUUUAGGAGGUGUGCACAAGGGAAGAUAUUCAGAGAACCUAGAGCCACGGGUCACAGAGUCGCCCACCCCAGCCAGGCCAACAGCAUCUGCAAGAUCCCCAAUGGCGCUGCCCUCUUCCUUCUUGGUGGCCCUGGUGGCGCUGGGCUGCAACUCCGUCUGCUCUCUGGGCUGUGACCUGCCUCAGACCCACGGCCUGCUGAACAGGAGGGCCUUGACGCUCCUGGGACAAAUGAGGAGACUCCCUGCCAGCUCCUGCCAGAAGGACAGAAAUGACUUCGCCUUCCCCCAGGACGUGUUUGGUGGAGACCAGCCCCACAAGGCCCAAGCCCUCUCUGUGGUGCACGUGACGAACCAGAAGACCUUCCACUUCUUCUGCACAGAGGCGUCCUCGUCUGCUGCUUGGAACACCACCCUCCUGGAGGAAUUCUGCACGGGACUUGAUCGGCAGCUGACCCGCCUGGAAGCCUGUGUCAUGCAGGAGGUGGGGGAGGGAGAGGCUCCCCUCACGAACGAGGACUCCAUCCUGAGGAACUACUUCCAAAGACUCUCCCUCUACCUGCAAGAGAAGAAAUACAGCCCUUGUGCCUGGGAGAUCGUCCGAGCAGAAAUCAUGAGAUCCUUGUAUUCAUCAACAGCCUUGCAGAAAAGAUUAAGGAGCGAGAAAUGAGACCUAUUCAACAUGGAAAUGAUUCUCACUGACUAAUCGUACCACACUUUCCACCUGUUCUGCCAUG